GCUCGGCGAGGGGAACCAUCGCCGAAGUUCCGGCGAUUCCAGCCCGGCUCUCCACGGUGGUCGCAGGAUCAGCCGCAGGAACAGCGCCGAGUCCCGUGUCACGGGUGUCAAGGGGAGCAUCCGAAGCUCCGCCGAUUCCAGCCCAGCUCUCCACGGUGGUCGCAGGAUCAGCCGCAGGAACAGCGCUGGGCCCCAGAUCACGGCCACCAAGUCCGAGCCCCCGAACGAGCGCUCACCGCGACGGCGCUCCGUCCGUCGCAUCUCCUCGCUGCCCGCGCUGGGCGCCAGGCGCAACAGCGGCCUCAACAGCGGCGUGUGGAGCGCCACGGAGCACCUGUACGAGUACCUUCAGCUCAUGUUCUCCUAUGCCGAGCUGCUGAAGGAGUCCUGGGACGCAGCCGAGGACGCCGCCGACGACUACGAGCUGUGGGAG